AUGUUGGGGUUGGUGGAGGAGGUAAUUGGAAAAGGUAAUGUAGGUGGUGGUGCAGCUGCAGGUGGAAAUGUUGGUGCUGGUGGAAGUGGUAGCAUAAGUGGUGGUGUUGGUGGAGUUGGAGGUGCAAGUGAAAGCGGUAAUGUUGGGGGAGGAGGUAGCAUAGGUGGUGGUGCAGGAGGAAGUGGAAAUGUUGGUAUUGGUGGAGGAGGUAGUGUAGGUGUUGGUGGUGGUGGUGGUAUUGGAGGAGGCAAUGUAGGUGGUGGUAUUGGAGGAGGUGGAAAUGUUGGUGGUGGUGGAGGUGUAGGUGGAAGCGAUAACGUUGGGGGAGGAGGUAGCAUAAGGGGUGGUGUAGGAGGAGGUGGAAAUGUUGGUGUUGGUGGAAGAGGUAGUGUAGGUGCGAGAGGUGGUGGAGAUGUUGGUGGUGGAGCAAGUGGAGGAGGUAAUAUAGGUGGUGGUGCAGCUGGAGGUGGAAAUGUUGAUGCAGGUGGAAGAGGUAGUCUAGGUAAUGAUGUCGGUGGAAGUGCAGGAGGUAAUGCAGGUGGUGGUGUUGAAGGAGGUGGAAGUGUUGGCAUAGGUAGAGGGGGUAAGGUAGGUUGUGGUCCAAGUGGAAGAGGUAACAUGGGUGGUAGUGGUGAUGUUGGUGGAAGUAAGUGGAGGAAGUAA